AAUUGGUCUCCUCACUGGGCGGAACAUUCCUAGCAGUGGCUCUGCGAAUUCUCCCGCAGACAGUGCAGCGGAUCCUAGGGCACAGCUGUUGGCGGAAGUAGCGAGGGCGUUCAACUUGGGCAUGAGGCUCGAUCACAACAAUGCAGAUGGUUCAAAUGCAAAUCAGGAAGCGGGCAGCCAAUCGCCCUCUACCGACGAUACUUUACCUCCAGAAGAUAGUUUUGAGCGAUUCCUCAUGGAUCUGCAAGUUGACCUCAGGCGGACGUUAUCUGAGGAUGUCGUCCAGGAUGAGGCCGAGGCACCGUCCCAAACAUCUGAUCCUGCUACUGCUUCUCAAUCGCCUGCUGACGAAGAACGUUCCGACUUGUUGCCUUGGCCUACGGCGUCCAAUAAUCUCGCUGAAGAAAACACAGCACAGCCCCAACAUGCAGCAGACCCCACAGGUGAAGGUAACCAGCGUCCCAGCGCAGAUGAUGCAGAAGUCGAUGAUCCAACAGCGCGCGAGGAUUCAUCGGACUCGGAUUCUGAUGAUGAGGACAGGGCAAUCGCGUCUUUGGCCGACCACGAACCUCAGCCCGGUGCGCCGAGCGCGGCUCCUCAGCCUCCCCCUCAGGUUCCCCACUCUCGGACUGCUUCUGGGUCGGAGCGUCGUCCGGGUGGUGGCAUAAAUUGGUGGAGGUUGUAUCGCUUCCCGCCUCAGCACGCGCCCAAUGCCCAGGGGCACGGACUGCUACCGCCGUCAUCUGCUGCACUUGACUCGGACAGCGUGCCUUCGGGGAUGCCGACACCCUCUGGUACGGACACUCCUGCCAGUGCAAGCGGCGACGCGCCUCCUGCAGGUGAAAACAUGAUCGUCCCCGUUAUUCUCGUCGGAUUGCAGUCGGUCAUUGGUCGUAGUACGCCCGAACAGAACGCUUAUCUGCACGGAGACGCGCCCGAUGGCGAUAGCGCCGGUGACGACGGUGGUGUUGAUUCGGAGUACGGGGACGACGAGCGGAGCGUGGGUGGCGCGCCGAGAGGACGCCCGUGGCGUUCGCGGGCGGCAGAUGCGUUCCGAGGGCUGCGGCCCGGGAGGCGGGGGGAGGCAGCGAACGGACCACAGGCUGGCGAAACUGGCUCGACGACAUUCUUCAUCUACGUCAUCGGUGGCUAUUACCCGCCAAAUCAUCACUUGGUGACGGGCAACGACCCGCUCGACUCUUUCGAGGCGCUGUGGGAGCUCGCCGAGAUGUUGGGCCAGGUCAAGCCACCGACUGCGACAAGGGAGGACAUCGCGAAGUCUGGCCUCGAGGUCAUCCGUCCGUCAGACUUGGAGCAGUACGAGAACGAUGGACGCGUUUCGUCGAAUUGUGUUGAGCGGUGUCUGAUCUGUCUGGAGGAGUAUGCGCCUGAAGAGGAUCUCCGACUCAUGACAUGUCGACACUUAUUCCACAAGACUUGUGUGGAUCGAUGGCUCCAGACUGGGCGGAAUAACUGCCCCGCAUGUCGUUCGCAAGGCGUCUCCACCGGACCUGGGGCAACUGAAACACCCACAACAGGGUGAUGAAAUAUAAAUACUGUACUUUCUCUAUUUCAUUGCUUUCCUCGGACUAUUUCUUUCAGGAGUCUCAUUCUGCUGUGGCGUCAUCGCAUCUCCCUUGCUCGUCUCUCCUUCCUUUGUUCUUAUACUUUCCCGUCCAAUCCCGCUCGACACCCAAUUUGUGUAUCUUCAUCGCAUUCUCACGCACGCUUUCUGCAUUACCCAAAUGCGCAUAACCAGAAGACGAAGAAGUACAUCAUCAUAAAUCGCCACGUUCCCUUUACGUGUAGUAGUUUUCUCUUUCUCCUCUCUUGAAGUCGACGUCGACGAUCCGCCUCGAAGCAGGCUUAUGAGUUAUACAUUGCUGUUGGUCUGCAAGUCUUU